AUGAUCAUCAUCAUCCAUAAGAUAGAGUUCCUUUUUGGCAGCGAAUUUGUGAGGAAGCGUACAGCGGAGCGUGGAGAGUCCACGAAGCCUUGCGAGGACUUACUUCACAGAGGAAAACAGAAACACGCCACCAGAUGCAUGAAUGUUUCCGGGGGAGGGGAGGCUGGCUUGGAAGUUGUUUGCUUGCGUGGCUCGGGUUAUCGACCUCAAAUCCGUCCUCCCGACAAGAUGGUUGGGAUUGGAAAUAGGGAUGCGCUCAUGGCACAACCGGGCAGGAAGAAACACAGUUCCCACGCGAGGAUACCCUGGGAUGGAGGAGACGAUGGAUGGAACAUUUACGUGGGGAGGAGUUGCAUGCAUCCACCCCACCCGGGGUUCAUGAAGAUGAGCUGGGGCGAUUUGAGUUCAACGAGGGUCCAUGCCGUCCAUUAG